AUGGAAGCGGAUGUUCUCAAUGCACUCAAAUCUCAGACAGUCUACCUAUCCGGUGGCUUGGAUCUCGAUUCAAAUUUAAUCGUCAUCUUUCAAUUGCCAUGUGAACUGCAGCCUUGGACUAAAAGAUAUAUUGAAAUAUCAAUAAAGUAUUUACUUGAAUCGCUAAGCGAGCAAUCAUUAUCAAAUGGCUUAGUAGCAAUCGUUGAUGCACAAAAAUGCUCAUGGAAGAUGGCACGUGAUCAAAUUAAACUAAUUACACAGCAACUAGACGAGAAUUUAAAUAAAGUUUAUGCACUAAGAUGCGAUGCAUUUUCCGUACAAAAUUGUGCUAAAUCCUACAAAAAAGGCGAGCCGAUAGUUAUAUCAAAAUCUCGUCUGAAUAAAUUCUUUAAUUUAUCAGAAUUGCCAAUUGAAAUUGGUGGUCUACAACACUAUAAUCAUGAUGAGUGGAUUAGAAAUCGAAUUCAAAUUGAUGAAUUUAAAAAGUUUUUCGACUCAACAAUCACAUCGAUAAAGGCAUUGAAAGAAAAUUUGUCAAAUAUCAACACAAUGCGAUCAUCUGAAAUUGAGCAGACGAUGAAAAUGUGCAGCACAAAAUAUGCUGAUAUCCAAAAGCAUAUAAAGUUUAUUUUAGAAAAUGGAAAUAAGUUAAUUAGUCACAUUGUUGAUUGUCAAAGUCGAGAAGCAUUCUUAUCGCAAGACAUACACGAUGCUAAGGAGACCAUCAAGAAUAAAUUAAAUGAAAUUGAAUCAGAGCAAACGGCCGUUACUGUUUCCUGGACGGAAUUGGAAAAGAGCUUGAACGAUGCAAAAGAAUUAAUGCAGCUUGAAGAAGGUGUAUCGUAUGUAACAAAUUGGAUAUUAAGUACAGCAGAAUCGCUACUAAAUGGACAACUGAAAGUCGGUUAUGAUGUGCAAUCGACUGAGAAGUUACGACUCGAUCAUGAAAUAUUGGAAUUUCAAUGCUGGAAGACAUAUGGCUAUUAUGGAGAAUUGCUUUAUAAAAUUGACAAUUUUCCGGGAAGCAAAGAGAGUUUUGCAUUUAAAGAUCUUUUGUCGCAGCGUGAUUUCAUGGAUUUUGUGUGUCGUAGCUUUGCAACACGAUUGGAGCGUCGACGAAAUCUAUUAAUCACUUCCGUUCGAUUUUAUCGUUUGGUAGCUGAAUAUUUUCAAAGAACUAGUAAUGUCUUCGAGUCAUUGCUCCAAACACAAAAUGAAAAUAUGGACAAUUUUGAGCUAGCGAAAGUAAAAUUACAGAAAAUUAAGGAUAGUCAAGUUAGUUUAGGAAAUAUCGAGAAAGAGCUCGUUAAAGAAGGUGAGAAGCUCAGUGAUAUUCUCUCGAUGCCAAUCAAAGAUGCACUAGGUCGUGACAUUGAAGUUGAUUAUAGUGAAGAUAUUGCGAAUUUACGCGAAGUACUUGAUGCGGCCAAAGCACGAUUUAAGAUUUUUAGUGAUAGUCUAGACAUUCAAAAGCUAACGCUGGAGCAAAUAACAAAUAUUCAUGCGUGUGAGAAAGAUGCUGAGACAGCAAUCAAAUGGGUUGAAAGCCUCUUCAAAGUCAUGUUGAAAUCACACACUCAUGUUGGCUGUAAUGUGUCUGAAAUUCAAAACCAGAAAGAUGAACAUCAAGCAUUUCAAGAAACAGCAAAAAGUACAUUCAAUUAUGGCAUACAGCUAUUAAAUGCCGCAUUUGCACUCCGUCAAUCGUGCAAACUCAAUUCCGAUAAGAAUCUUGGAACAAUUGAUCAUUUGAAGAAAACAUGGAAGAAUUUGCAUGCCGUCAGUCAAGAGCAAAUGACUCGUUUGCGUGUAUCUGCUGUAUUUUAUCGAAGCGUUGAUGAGCAUUGUGCGAAAUUGGAGCAACUGAAGACGUCAGUGCUUAAACUUAAAGACAUUGAGGAGCGGGAGAGGAAAAUUGUAAAAUUGAGGAAAUACUUAGCAGUUCGUGAACGCCUCCUGGUCGAAGUUGGUCGAAUGGUGAGACUCGGACGAUUGUUGAGAACGCGACUGAAAGAACCAUUUGUAAUGAACAACGAUUUGGAAAGUAUGUCGAGUGAAGAGAACAUAAUUGCAAUGCCAACGGACAACAGCAUUGCUUCAGAUUCUAUCUCUGCAAAGUUAAUUGAGGUCUCGCGUGUUGCCGAAUCAUUGGAUGCAAUCAUCCACGAGACACAGGAUGCUUUAAAUAUAUUUGAAAAUAAUAGCAGCACAGCAGCGACAUUGCCGGUUGCAAGUACGUCGAGUGUUGAUGGAAAGACUUCAUCAGCAAACACGAGUGAUGAUUGGAACAACAGUCUGAAAUCAUCAACAGAGGAUGAAUCAUUUGUAACAGCAUCAGAAUAUGCCACAUCUCGUUCAUCAUCAUAUCAUACGGCUUCUGAAUGUCGUGAUCAUUCACCAUGGUGGACAGACACGGCUGAAAGGAGUUCAGUCGACUUAGACUCAUCGGAUCCAGAUCAGCCAAACAUUAAAGAGCUUACAAUUACUUCCUCGUCUGGUAAUGGAUCAUUUGAUAAUUCAGAGACAAGCUUCCGCUCGCCAGUUCCAUCAUCACUAUUUAAUGAUCAUAAUGACUCAUCAGAUAGUGCAAUUAAGCUUAAAAAUGACAAUGAAAGUGAAAGUAGCUCAUCGCCAAGUUUACCGCCAAAAAUAUCAAGUCCGCACGAAGAGUAUACAUUACCGCCAAUAUUAAGCAGUGCUGAUAAGAAAAUUUAUACAAUUUUUGAAUCACCAACAUCAACGCCAAGUCAAGACGAUGACAAUCUUGAAAGCGAGUCACCAAAGGUCGCCGAGCCAUAUCUUCAAGUCGAUCGUGCAGCAAACUGUAUCGAGAAGACACUCGACGCGUUCAGUAGUCGUCAGUUGGAAAUUAGUGGAAUAUGGGAGAAUUUUAAUACGACGAAGGAAAUUAGUAUUAUUCUGGAGAAAAUCAUGGCUGAGAACGUUGAGACAAUAUCAUUAACAGCAAAGAUAGAAGAUGAGCUUUAUCCAAUUCUCGCAACAUCCGAGGAAUUGCCAAGAGAUUUAAUACGUUUUGUUGAUAAUAAAUUAAAGUCAGUUCAAAAUGAAAUACAGCAAUCGGAAGCUGAAUUGUCACAGCGCAUUGAAAAGAUCGAUAAAUUAGAAGGCAAGGAUCAAGUGUCGUGUGAAAAAAUUGUGCAAGUGAAAAAUAAUUUGAAUUCAAUUAAAACAAAAUUAUUCUCAAUAAGUGCUGAUUAUAAUGAGCUUGUGGACAUUGUGUUGUCAUUUUUACGAUCGUAUCAAGAAAUUUAUGAAAGUAUCCGUGAGUAUUUUUCGGUAAGAGAUCAGUUUACGGCGCCGGUUGGUGGUGAAAAUGUUGCGAAUCUUAUACGCGAUUACGAGACAUUUAAAAAUAAUACGAUGGAGAGUUUCCGUAGUCUAUUGGCUCAAAGUGAAAAGUUGAUUGAUCGGAUAAAAAUGCAAGAGCCACCGGGCGCGAAAGAACAUGACACUGACAAGAUAAUAUCAUUGUUAGAGAAUCUCAGAACGUAUUUUGAGACAAAUGCUGCUUCGGAAAAUUCUGAACUUAAGCGACAAUUCUUCAUUACGGAAUUCGAGAAGCUGUUGAAAGAUUUAAAUGAAAAUAUUAGUGACUUACAGUUACAGUUUAAUGAUAUGAAUGAUAAAUUUGGUGACUCUGCUGCUGCAUGUAAAGUUUCUUCACUUUCUUACGAAUAUUACGAACGAAAUGUUGAUUUAUUGAAUAAACGAAUCGAAAAUUUUAUUAACUCAUACAGUAACAUCUCAUAUCCUGACGCAAAGCCAUACGUUAGUGAUGAAUUGAUGAAACUACUAAGGAGAUGGGACGAUUUUAAAAAUCAAUCGGCGAGAUUGAAGAAUAAUCUCUCGUUGGCGCAACAAUAUUUCAGCCUCUUGGAAAAUGUCGAAACGCGCUAUCACAAAACAUACACAUUUUUGGUGAACUCUGUAAAUUUGAGAAAAGAGGAAUUAAAAACAUCGGCUGCGGCAUUCGACUUAAUUGAUGAACUAGAGAAAUAUGUCGUAGACAACAAGCAAGCACAACUUGAUGAUUUAAAGAAAUUAUCACAAAUUUCAAACGAUGUUUUUGGCUACGAUAAGACAGAAAACCUUUAUUCUGAUAAUAUAUUUAUAUUCCAGUCAUUUGAGAAAAUGAAAUCUGAUAUUGUAGAUUUAGUUAAAGAUCUGAAGAGAAAGGAAGAUCCAGUUGCAAUGAUUAAUGAAAUUGACAAUAAGAUUCUCGUCAUUGAAAGCCAUGAGGAAGUUUUGAGGAACGAAACAAUCCACGAAAUUAUUCCAGUUGUUGAAAAUGAGCCACCAAAGUUCUUGCGUUAUCUUGAAAGUGCUGAAGUCACAGAAGGUGACAAUUUCAUCUUUGAAUGUAUUCUCAGAGGACAACCAGAACCAACAGUUCAAUGGCUCAAAUUUAACACUCCACUUGCUGACAAUCCCAACUACAAAAUUUCAUUUGGAAACGGAAAAUGUCGUCUAGAUAUUCCGAAAAUAACAAGUGCAGAUGCUGCCGUAUUUUCAUGUAUUGCAACAAAUGUCGCUGGCACAAGUCAAACAACAGCAAAUUUAAUUGUAAAACCACGACAGGAAGUACAGCCGUUGACACCGCCAUCAUUCUUGAGACUUUUACAAAAUGCUUAUGCCAAUGAGAGAUCAACUUUUGAAUUCAACUGCUUAGUUGGUGGAAAUCCACUACCAACUGUUCAAUGGUACAGGAAUGAUGUGUGUGUUGACAAUGACAUCAACUAUAACAUCACAUACAACAAUGGAACUGCCUUAUUAAAAAUUCCAACUGUGCGUGUUGAGGAUCAAGGAAUAUUUACAGUCAAAGCAAUCAACCAGAUGGGCUACAAUGAAUGUAGUGCCAUCUUGAGUGUAGAAGCUGUUGAGAAAAAUAUCAAGCCAACAAUCAAGUCUCCACUGUCGAAUGUGUUGACGCGAGCCGGUCAAAAAAUAACACUCGAAUGUGACAUCGCUGGCAAGCCACAGCCUGAAGUUUAUGUGAUGCACAACGGAAAAAUUCUCUCUGAUCAUGACGUCAAUUUGCAGUACGACGGCGAAACUGUAAGGUUAACAUUACCACAUGCAGCCAGCGUCAAAGAUUCUGGAAUAUAUAAAGUCAUUGGAAGAAAUAUUGCUGGUGAAGCGUCAACUGAGUGCUUUGUACAAGUCGAGCAACAAAAAGAAGAAGUUCAAGCACCAAUACAGCCAAAACUUAUCAAGCCAUCGAUUCAACAACCUCUCAAAGACAUUUCAGUUUUUGAGGGAAAACCUGUACAUUUGGAGGCAAUAAUUGUUGGACAACCAGAACCAGAAGUAAUUUGGUUACAGAACGAGAAGCCAGUCAAAGAGUCUAACGACAUUCGAUUGUAUUUCCAAGGAGACACCUGCACAUUGUUCAUUAACGAGGCCUUUUUAGAGGACGCAGGCGUAUACAAAAUAGUUGCAAUAAAUUCAGCUGGUGAGGCAUCAAGUGAAUGUCGUGUAAGUGUGACACCAUUGAAUAUUCUUGAACCAGCUAUACGUCCAACAGAAUCUGAACGAUUCUUAUCCAGUAGCGUAAUGCCACCAAAAUUCGAAAAAUUAUUAACGGAUGGUCUUGCAAAUGAAGGCGAAUCUGUUGAAUUGGAAUGUUGCCUAGUUAGUGGACCGUUGCCAGAAAUAAAAUGGUAUUUGAAUAAUAAAGAAAUUGUAUAUAAUGAUCGUAUACAAGCAGUCGCAAAUGAAGAUGGAGCAUUAAAAUUAAUUAUUCGAAAUGUAUUGCCAGAUGAUAAAGGCGUUUAUACGGUCAAGGCCACAAACUCAACUGGCAUUGCAAAAUGCUUCUCACACUUGAUUGUAAAGUCAACUGCAAAUAGCAGCAGUGAUAAUCUCAUCAAUCGCUUGGAAACAGACCACGAGAAAAUCAUCUGUCCAACAUUCAAGGAAUUAUUUGCCGAUCGUUCAGUGAACUACGGAGAAUCAACGAAAUUCGAAUGUAUUGUUUAUGGCAAACCAACACCAAAGAUCAAGUGGUAUUUUAAUGAUAUGCCUGUGCACGGAAGAGAUUUUCUCAUUUCCACAAGUGGCGAGCGUCAAGUGCUCACGAUUCCUAAAGUUGCUCCUGAAACUGUUGGCAAAGUUUCAUGUAUCGCUGAGAAUGAAGCAGGAAAGGCAACUUGUGUGGCAAUGCUAACAGGAUCUGGAAUUCCAUUAUCAACUGAGGAGCAGUUCACAACACAAGAAGACAUUUCUGGAUCAUCACUUGUCACAAUGCAAAAACACAUCACAACUACUACAACAACAAAACAAUCGAAUGUUUUUGGCAAUGGAGUUCCACCACAAUCGCAGUUCCAUUCAACAAGUGAACAGAUUGAUUCAUCUUACAAGAAAAUUGGUGAUGCACCAGCUGAAGUCAGUGAAUCUAAGAAAUAUGAGGAAGUAAGAGAAUCAUCAGCUGAGCCACAACAAACAUUUGCACAAAAGCUGCUCAAUUUCAGCAGGAAUGACAUGACAAAUGAGAAGCAUGAAAGCAUAAUAGCUCAAUCUGGACAAAUUUCAACUGGAAAGCCAAUCAGAAGAAGCACAGCUCCACGAUUUGUAUCACCAUUGAUUGGAAAGAUUGUCGAUCAAGGUGUUGAUGUUACACUUGAGGGUAUCGUUGAUGGAUAUCCAGCACCAAAUGUUGAAGUUACAAAGAAUGAUGAGCCAAUCACUACAAUCCCUGGAGUCAUUGAAAUCUCAUACAGCUUGAACAAAAUUGUCAUUAAAUUAUUCAAUGUUAGUAUAAAGGAUGCUGGUCGUUAUUCAGCGAUUGCUAAAAAUGAUGCAGGAUCAGCAACAAGCACAGCUGAUGUUGUUGUAAAGAAAUCAAUUUUCCCACCAGUUUUUGGAAGAAGAUUGCAAGCUCAAGUUGUAAAGAAGGGAGAACGAGUUAUAAUGGAUUGCGAAAUUACCGGCACACCUGAACCACAAGUUUCAUGGUACAAAGAUGAUCGUCCAAUUGCACAGGCAAUGACGAAUGAAUAUAGAAUUACUCAACUUGGUAUUUGCCAUAAGUUGAUUGUUGAGAAUGUAAAAGUUCAAGACACUGGCAAAUACAUGGUCAAGGCUGUUAAUUCUGGUGGAGAAGCACAAAGCAUCGCAGACUUUAUGGUUCUUGAGUCACAACCCGAUCGAAUGGUUGAAGUCACAAAGACAACUGUCUUUAGUGACCUUCCAUCAAAUCAUCUCAAGACUGGUCCAUUCAUGGAUCAAUCGGUUCCAAAAGAGAAUGGAAUUCCUAAAGAAAAUUAUUCAUCACAUCAAGAGGUUUCGUCUAAAGCACAAUUAGGAAGCUCCACAGAAUCAAAAGUCAUUAUGGAAACGACAAGAACAACGUCAGCUACAAUGCGUCUUGAGCAUACGCCUCAUUUCAAUGAUUUACCUCCAAUUACGUUCUCACAAAGAACACAAACGCCAACAAUUCCUUUGGUAAGUGAAGGAACAAUGAUCGAUAGUGAAUUGAGGGUUAGUAAGCAUUCUGAACAGACACAAACGGAUGCACCAAAAGAAAAGCCAAGAGAAUUUGAUAUUCCAAUUAGACAGGAAGUUACAUUUCCAUUCGUGGAAGGUCCUAAAAUCAUGCAAACUCCUGAACCAAUCAGGAAGAGUGCUUUGGAAUAUUUUGAGAGCAAUUUGAAGAAUCUACCAGAAUUGAGCGAGGAAAAGUACACAAGAUAUGAGGAUGCUGUUAAAGGAAGUCACACAUAUGUCAGUAAACAACAUGAAAUUAAGGAAGAAUUUAAAUCAAAACUUACGGAUGAUUUGAGCUAUUUGAAUCUUAAGCCAGAACCACCAGCAGAAUUAUCUUUCAUGCCUAAAACUCAACCGAUUGGACAUCCAGAAAAGAUUGUUGAAAGAGUUAAGAAACUUGAGCAAAUAAAUCAAUCUAGUGAAACACCAUUGAGUGGAACUAUACAUCCUCCAAUGUACACGAAAGAAGAAAAAUUCGAGAAAAAGGAAUUCUCAUCAACAAAGUCGACAACACCUUUUGUGCCAAAAGUUUCAACACCAACAUUUGCUCCACAUGUUAAUCAACUGAUCCCAGACACAAGAAUUGGAAGAAGUGCAUCACCAAAGCCAUCAACUGAAGGUGUAAAUAUGGAGAAGUUAUGGGCAAUGAAACCAAAAACUCCAGAACCAUUUGCUGCUCCACAGCAACAGACACAAAUGCAAUCACAAGAAGAUUAUAGACAACAAAGCUUUACACAUGAACACAAGUCAUCAUUUGUGGCUUAUUCAUCACAAAAAACUGUCAACCAAGAAUCUGUUGAGCCUCCAAAGGAACAUUUUGUACCAAUUCAGCCAUAUCAAGCUCCACAAGAGCAAGCACCAGUAGAAGAACUUCCAAAAACAUCAAUUAAGGAUACAAAGAGCUACUUUGAACAAAGAAUUAAGGAAGAGGAAGUAAAGUCAAUUUCUUUACCAGAACUAAAAGCUCCAAGUUUAGUAAAGCAAUUUGCUAAGCCGAUGGUUCCACUCAUCCCUGAUAAUUAUGAAUUAGGAAUCGAACCAGGCGCACCACCAGAAAUUUGCUAUGCACCAAAGCCAGUUUUGGAAAGGAAGCAAUCAUAUGUUGAGAAAAUUGAAAAGUCUUUGGAACAAAAUAUUGAAAAGGAACCAGAUCGUGUUCCACGUGGUGGUGUAAGGAUCUUUCCACAAAGACAGACACCAAACAGGAUGUCUUCUCAAUCUCCACAGAGAUUCCAAGCACCAAAACAGAAUGUACAGCAGCCAACACCAAAACCAGUACCACAGCCUGUUUUCCAUGCUUCAGAAAAUGUUUAUCAUCCACCUGAGCCUGUUUUUAAGGCUCCAGAACCAGUUUUUAAGGCUCCUGAGCCAGUUUUCCUUCCAGAGCCAGUAAUUAAAGCUCCAGAACCAGUUUUCAAAGCUCCAGAACCAAUUCAACCAGUUCUUCAGCCAGAACCAACACCAAUAUUUAUGACACAGCCGAUUUUACCACCAAAACUACCGGAACCAUUUAUUCCUGAGAAAUUUGAGAGUCAUGAAACUCACAGUGAAAUCAAGAAGGAAGAAACAAUUUCUGGAUAUCGACGUGUAGCCCCACCAAAGUUCUUAGAACGUGGAAAGUCAUCAGAACCAACAUUUGUGCCACCACCAAAGUUUGCGAGUCCAACAUUUACAAAGGCAACGGAGCCAAUCAUUAGAGAUGUUCCAAUCACAGUUCAGAAACACGAGCCAGUUAAACAACAGCCAGCUUAUCAAAGUAAUCAACAGCAAACCAAGCAACAAUCAUUUUUGUACAAAUCAGAACCAGUUAAGCAAUCAGCUCCUCAGCCAUUGGCUAAUAUGCCUCUAAUUCAACCUGGUCCACAACCAAUUUAUCAAAACUAUCAAUCAUCAUCACAUCAGGAACAAACAUUUACUAAGAAAACAGAAACAAUUAAGCAAUCUGGACCACAGCCAUCUCCUCAACCAAUUUAUCAAUCACAACAGCAAUCAGUUCCUCAACCAAAGCAAAUAAUCAAGCCAUCAGCAGUUAAGCCAAAAGGAAAAUUCGAAGAAUUCGUAUCAGAAUCCCAACAAUCAUUUCAAAGCAUGUAUAAAAAUUUUGUAAAAUCAGAACAAAGUCAACAUACGACAGAAUCCUAUUUUCAAAGGAUUGCAUCACCCAAAACAGUCUCACAACCAUCACCACAACAACAACAAACACCGACGCAAUCACAAUUUAAGAAACCAGAACAAUCGCAGGUUCGCAAAAAGUUUAAUCCCGAUGUGAUGCUUUAG